UUGGCCAGUUUUUGACGGACGGAACGGAACCUAACAUAACCUAACCUGAUAAAGACUUAAUGGGCGUAAAGUGGCAGAACUAAGAAUGGCAGUCGUUCGCCUAUGCAGACGAUAUGCAGUAGCACUUGUUUUGAGUAGUUUAAACCAGAUUUAAAUACAACUCGAAUGAUAUGAGAGAGUUUAUGGCGAUGAGUUAAUGGUUCGUGAUUGUUGUUAAGUGUCAAUACAUUUUUCGGGGGAAGAACCCGGCGUCGGAUUGAUAUUUGAAUCAAUCGUCGUUUGUUUGUAUAAAAAUUGACCUUAUCGAAUCAGGAGAAAUGCAGGGGCACAUAGAAAUUGGUGUGAUUCCGCAUGAUUUGCGACAGGAGGAAACCAUAGUCCAGAUUGCAGAAGCAUUAGAUUCGCUCAACUCUGCUGUAGCAAGCAUAUUUAGCUGUAUCGACGAGCGGUUAUCGGAAAAUACAAAAAGAUUAGCCGGUAUAAAAGGUCGCGCUGUGAAACUUCAGGGCAGAUUAGACCACCUCCAAAAUAACCUAAGCUUGAAGGCGGUGAAGCUAUACUCUGCAGCAAAAUACCCCUCGAAUCAUGUCUACAGAGAGUAUCCGCUGGCUCUAAAACUGCCAAUUAAAAAGGAGGAUAAACCGCCGAGUGUCUAUAAGAGCCCAGUUCCCAUAGCGCAGGAGUUGAACUCGCAAAAUAUUGUCACCGAAAAGUCAAAGGGCGGGCGGUGGAACGUUGACAUCAACAUACAAGACAAGCUGCAAUUUUAUCAUGUCAAAAGUAAAACAAAUAAAGGCAAGGGCUCUGGACAUUCUAGAGCUAUUCCAGUUAGACCAACCUCUGUCAGUUCGCUACUGCUACACGACGCCAAAGACAACCAGUAUGGUAAACUUCCCGCAAAAAGCCUGGCAUCGGCUAAUGACAAGAGGGAAAUCGAAGAUGCUCCUACUUCGAUAUUGCAGUCAUGGCACACCAACGAUCUAGAAUCUCCAUCAAACUACUUCUAUGCUCCAACGUUAGGCGAAGUUCCGCAAAUAAACGUACCUCUCAGUCUCCCAGACCUGCCAGGAAUAGUGGAUGACGAACGUUUUGUGCUUGACCUACACAGUCAGAGUCCAAUUGCUCCAUCUUCGGUGGUAACAACACCGACUGUGAACCUGCCCUUACCAGCAGCUCCGUCCGAUUCUGCCCCCGACGCAACUAUGGACCCUCAAAACAGUAGAGAAAAUGAACCUAGCCUUCCAAAUUUGAGCCUACCAAGCAUAUCGUCAGAGCAAAAUCCUCCACCACCUCCACCUCCGGUUGAGAUCGGUAACAUUUCUCAUCCUGGGCCACCACCGCCUCCUCCUCUCAAUCCCUCCACACUUUCAAUCUCGACAUCUCAACCACCACCUUCUGCUCCUGCUCCUCCUCCUCCUCCGCCUCCUCCUCCACUUGUCGAACCUCCAAAAUUGUCAUCAUCGGUUACGAAAGACACUAAAACACAGUCUGUUAAAUCUGUUCCAAAUGUCGAUCAGGUCGAUAAUCGGUCUAGCCUAAUGGCAGCUAUCCGCGAUGCGGGCGGAGUUGGUAGAGCAAAAUUAAGGAGUGCAGCACGUAAGGAUGAAAAUACAGAUAAAUGGUCUUCUGCUUUCGUUGGGGGCGAUUUAAUGGCAGAUUUACACAACAAAUUAUCACUCAGACGUAGAGGUAUUUCUGGAACAGCUACCGGCGCAUUGGGCAGAAUGUCCGCUAUGAUUCCUCCACCUCCGAAACCAAACGAGUCCGCUACUUCGGAGCGAAAUUCUGCCGCAAGUGAACAAGACUCGCAACCUGAUACCGAUGAUUGGGAGGAAUGAUAGACUAAGAUUGCUACUUGAAACUUCCUUUUUCGCUGUAUAAAAACAUACACAGAGAGUGAUAAAAUAUAUAUUCUAACAAUAACGAUAAAAAGAAAAAAGAAAAUGUCUUCUUUGCUGUCGUGUACAUAAUUCAAUCCGUUGUUAUAGCCGUAAUUUCUGAAUUAAUUUCACGCAAUUUGAACUAAAAGCUGGUCAGUAUUAACAAUUACAGUACUUGAUGUAUUGGUAAAUCGAUACAAAAAAAGGUCAACAAUAAUAAAAAUAUUGGUACAAAAUUCA